AUGUCUCAACGAGGAGGAGGAAGAGGGAGAGCAAACCGUGGACGGGCAACACAAAAGCAGACAAGUUCUACGCCUCAGCAGGAACAACAGCAACUUCCACAUGCUCAGGCAUCAGCGAGCACUGGAGCUAUUCGCAGACCAGGACAAUCUACUACACAAUCGAGUACUGGACGCGGUGUAAUACAACGUGUUGGUGAAAAAGGUGACAGUGCAGCAACUGCACAAAUAGGCAGAGGUUUGGAGAAACUCAGUAUUCAACCUACUGCUGGUGGUAGUGGAGAUGCUGGUGCCAGUGCUGGUGCUGGUGCUGUAGCUGCUGGUCCUGUAGCUAUUGUGGCAUCUAGUAGAGGGGCAGCUCGCGGCAGAAGAAUCUUGCCUGCAGAUAUUUUUGUGACAAAACCGAGUCAUGUAGAGAAUAAGAAAGGUUCAUCUGGUACUCACAAAGUAAUAAAAGUAAAUUACUUUAAAGUACUUAAAGCGACUGAUUGGGCUCUUUAUCAGUAUCGUGUUGAUUUUUCACCUGAAGAAGAUCGCACAGUUGUGCGUAAAGCUUUACUCAAAGUACAUCAAAAGAAAAUUGGUGCAUAUAUCUUUGAUGGCACUGUAAUGUAUACAAGUCACCGAUUAUCUGAUCGAAUGGUAUUUACUUCAACUCGACAAUCGGAUGAACAGCAUAUAACAAUUACUGUUCGUCUUGUUGGUGAUAUGUUGGUAGGAGAUGCUCAUUACAUCCAAUUCUUUAACAUAAUUGUGAGAAAAUGUUACGAAGUUUUAAAUCUAAAAUUGGUCGGUCGCAAUUAUUUUGAUCCUGGGAGUAAAAUUGUUUUGCCGCAACACAAAUUAGAAUUGUGGCCAGGAUAUGUAUCAUCUAUUCGUCAACAUGAACGAGAUAUUUUAAUGUGUGUCGAGAUAUCGAGUAAGGUUAUGAGAUUAGAAACUUUGGGAGAUAUCUUGAAUAGCUUGUAUCGAGAAGAUAGUGAUAGAUUCAGAGAAAAUUUCUGUAAUGCUGUAAUCGGCACUGUAGUUCUUACCGAUUAUAACAACAAUACAUACCGCAUUGAGGACGUAGAUUUCUCGGCUUCUCCUAGCAACUCAUUUCCUUUGAGAAACGGCGAAAGUAUAACAUACAUAGACUAUUAUAGACAAAAAUAUGAUAUUAAGAUUCGAAAUCCUGGACAUCCAAUGCUGGUGACGAGAUCCAAAACGAGGGAUCGACAAGCUGGAGAGGGAGAGCGUGUUUAUUUGGUUCCUGAAUUAUGUCGUGCAACAGGUUUGACCGAUUCAAUGAGAGAAAAUUACAAACUCAUGUCAAGUUUGGCUGUUGAGACACGUCUUCAACCUGGAAAGCGUAUUGAGAAAUUAUUAAGAUUUAAUAAAAGGCUUUGUGAAGAACGUGAUAUCGUGAAAGAAUUAUCCGAAUGGAAUUUACAGCUAGAUAACAAGCUGCUUCAAAUUCCUGCGCGGCAGUUACUUAAUGAAAAAAUCUAUUUCGGCGGGGACGUAUCUGCCAAUGCCGAGCAAGGUGAUUGGACGAGAGCGAUGAUGAAUAAAAAAUGUGUGAUUUCUCCAAGAUUGAAAGAGUGGGUCUUUUUGAUUUCGGAAAGGGAUAAAUCUCUCGAACAGAAUUUUAUUUCAACUUUAUUAAAAUUAGCAGCAGGCAUACACUUUCAAAUAGAUAAACCAAGGUCCGAAUAUAUCCGUGAUGAUAGACCUGGCACAUAUAACGAAAGACUGGAACAUAUUCUUAGCAGACAAAUACCACAGUUGGUAUUUUGCGUGGUAUCAAACAAUCGCAGCGAUCGCUACUCUGCCAUCAAGAAAAAAUGCUGCAUUGACCGACCUGUCCCAUCACAGGUUUGCUUGUUGAGGACAUUGACGCACAAAAACCUUAAGUCUAUUGCCACAAAAAUAGCAAUACAAAUGAGUUGUAAAUUGGGUGGGGCACCGUGGUACGUGGAUAUUCCGUUGGAAGGGCUAAUGAUGAUCGGGUUCGAUGUUUGCCAUGAUACAACAAUGAAGAACAAAGAUUUCGGUGCUACAGUAGCGACUCUGAAUAGACGCAUGACACAAUACUUCAGCGCGGUAAACGCGCAUGAAACCGGUGAGGAAUUAUCGAAUGACCUUUCUGACAACAUAUGCAAGUCUGUACAAGCGUACUACGCGCUAAACAAAACUCUGCCGGGACGCAUUGUGAUUUAUCGCGAUGGCGUCGGUGAGGGUCAAGUUCCCCUGGUAAUGGAUCGUGAAGUUACACAGAUUAAGAAGAAGCUUGACGGAAUGUACGGUGGCCCAGAUAGAUACAGAAUGGCUUUCAUAAUAGUCACGAAGCGAUUAAAUACACGUUUCUUUGAGAACAACGAUAAUCCGGAACCGGGCACAAUAGUCGACGAUGUAAUCACAAGUCCGAUCAAAUAUGAUUUCUUUAUCGUAUCGCAGAAAGUGCGGCAGGGAACAGUAACACCCACUGCGUAUAGCGUUGUUUACGAUACUCUAGGUAUGGAUCCUGACAAGAUACAGCGUCUUACAUAUAAGUUGACGCAUAUGUACUACAAUUGUUCAAAUACCGUUAGAGUACCGGCGCCCUGUCACUAUGCUCAUAAAUUAGCGUUUCUGGUGAGUAAAUUCAUUCACCGAGCGCCGGAUACGCAGUUACAAAACACAUUGUAUUUUUUAUAAUCCCAUUUUUUUUGUAAUAUUAAUAUUACAUCAUUUUAUCUUUUUUUUUUUAAAUGUACGAAUAAUCUCACGGAUACUUCCUAUAUAGAAGCUAUGUAUUUCGCGGGUUAUCUCUACCUCAAUCCUGGAAUGCCAAUGUUUCGUCAAUGUAUAUGAAUGAACUAUUAUCAGAUUGCACCUCGUCCAAGAAUAGAUAUUGACGCAGAGAUAACCCGCGAUUUAUCUUCUAACUUUUAUCAGUAUUAUAUUUCGGGCCAGUUUCUUACAGAAGCGAAGUUUUAUUUUUAUGGUAAUUAAAAUUUCUUAGAGAGGUUGGAAUACUAAACGAAAAAACCAAAUGACAUACUCGCACUUUUAUUUUAAAAUAACAUUGCUAUGAAGUAAUACUUCAUAAAGAGUAUGAAUUAAUAACAUGAAUACAUGAAACUUAUUUAGAAAAAAAUUACAGCAUUAAACUGAUAUAUACUAAAAAAUAGAUGGAUUUUAGCGUCCCGACUUCUCUGAAAUUUUUAAGGCUCUCGCUGUAAUUACGUGAUGUGAAAGAUUCAUUAAUUUUUUUAUAUAAGGUAAACAUCCCAGUGACCAGACAUGUACUUAUGUCCAGACACUUACAGUGGGACGUUUAUCUUAUAUUAUGAUUAUAUAUUCGAUAUGAUUAAUGUGCAGUGAAGAAUACUUCCACAACUUGAAUUGGUUAAUACUCGAUUUCUAAAAUUCUAUUGUACACUGUCUACCUCUUUAUAUUUCAUUGUAUCAUUGAUUUUGGAAUUUUUUUCCAAAACUUUGAAUACAGUACAGUAUCUAAGCAAAUGAAAUUGAUGUUAUGUUACGGUAGUUACUAUAAAUCAA